AUGUUUUCUACAAUCAAUGGUACAAAAUUCAAAUGUGAAAAAGAUGAUAUUGAAAAUGAAAUAGUAAAACGGACAGGAGCAGAUAAAGAUAAAAUUAUUAUACAUAACGAAUUUGUAGGUUUUUUUAAUUGUAAAGAAACAGAAGGAUGUGAUAAUAAUAUUUUUAAGGAAUAUGGUGUACCAGACAAGGUGUAUUGGUCUAGUAAACCAUCCAAUGAAUUCUUAGACUACAAAAGAGGUAAAAUUACUAAAAAUAAAAAAUUUAAAUCGUUUAUCGAUGGAUGUGAUCCCAAUAGAACGGCACAAAUAUUUAAACAUUUACUUUGUGAUGAUGAAGAAGAAGAAGAAAAUAAACAAAAAAUUCAUGUAGAAUUAGAUAAAUAUAUACAACUAAUAGAAUCUGGUAAAGAUUUAAACGAUGAAGAUAAACAAAUUGUGUGUGAUAACAUGGAAGAAGUAUUAAGACAAAUAUUUUCUAGAAAAAAUUAA